CACACACGCACACCCACAUCUGUGCCUUUCAGUUCCCUCUGUCAGGACCUCAACGAGUGGAAUACUUUUACAGUUGGAUCCAUGAAUUAAGUUGGAUAUUUUUCAAAAAUGCUGCGGGUGGUCAUUGAAUCCGCCACAGGGAUCCCUAAGAAGACAAUAGGAAACCCGGAUCCAAUUGUCUUUGUUGACUACAAGGGGGAAAAGAAGAAAACAAAAGCAAUUGACAAUGAACUAAAUCCAGUAUGGAAAGAAGUGCUUGAAUUUGAUCUGAAAGGCUCUUCUCUGGACGCUUCAUCGUUCAUCGAGGUAGUGGUGAAAGACUACGAGAGAAUCGGCAAAGAUAAAUUUAUUGGCUCAGCACAAAUUUCUUUGAAGGACCUGGCCAGUGGUCAACUGAAAUCUCUUCCAGUGAGGAGCGUGCCCCUGGUUAAUGAAAAACAACAGCCUACAGGGGCAAACAUAAACCUGAGCUGUGGGUAUGAACCUUCUCUCCACACCGCACCAAACCUAAAUGACCAGACUGACGGAGACACGUCUCAUACUGCAGAUGAUGCAGGCAGUGAGGAGGAUGAGGAGGGUGAGACAGAGGUGGACGGUGGAGGUCCUACUCCCUCUUUGCCAAACCAGCCUGGAAAGCCUACCCAGAGGCCUGUGCGUCUCAGGAGUAAGAGACACAAAACUCUGGCUAACAAGCCUCAGGACUUCCAGAUUCGGGUUCAGGUGAUCGAGGGUCGACAGUUUCCUGGCAACAACAUCAAACCGGUGGUUAAGGUGAAUACUUGUGGACAGACACACAGGACCAGGAUUAAACAAGGAAACAACCCGUACUUUGAUGAGAUGAUCUACUACAACGUUAACAUGCUCCCGUCGGAGCUGUUUGAUGAGAGCAUAAAUCUGCGGGUUUAUAAUUCCUACUCUCUGAGAGCUGACAGUCUAGUAGGAGAAUUCAAGUUGGAUGUUGGCUACAUAUAUGACGAACCAGGUCAUGCCAUACUGAGGAAAUGGCUCCUCCUCAGUGACCCUGACGACUUAGGAGCCAGAGGUUACCUGAAAGUCAGCAUAGUUGUUGUCGGAACUGGUGAUGUGCCACCGCCUGACAAAAAAGAGCACAAUGAGGACAAGGACGACAUAGAGACCAAUCUCUUGGUGCCAGCAGGAGUCACGAUGCGAUGGGCUACCCUGAGUAUUAAAGUUUACCGGGCAGAGGACAUGCCACAGAUGGACGACGCCUUUGCUCAGAACGUGAAACAGGUCUUCAAAGGAGAUGGAGACAAAAAGAACUUGGUGGAUCCAUAUGUGGAACUGAGUUUCGCUGGAAAGAAGCUCUGCACCAAAAUCAUUGAGAAAAAUGCCAACCCAGAGUGGAAUCAAAUCCUCAAUUUUCAAUUCAAGUUUCCAUCCAUGUGUGAACGUGUGAGACUGACUAUGUUCGACUGGGACCGUCUCACCAAGGACGAUCCCAUUGGAACGACAUUCCUGAAUCUGAACACAAUGUCUUCUCCUGGUGGAGAGGCCGAUGGCAGCACAGACACCUCAGAAGUCGGUUUUCUCCCGGCUUUCGGACCAUGCUACAUCAACAUGUACGGUAGCCCCAGGGAAUACACCGGCCUCCCGGACCCAUACGAGGAUCUUAACUUAGGAAAGGGUGAAGGGGUCUCCUACAGGGGGAGGAUCCUGGUGGAGCUGUCCACUCAACUGGACGGGAAGGUAGACAAAAAAAUAGACGACAUCUCCAGCGAUGACAUCCUGGUGGCACAGAAAUACCAGCGGAAGAGAAAGUACUCUUUUUGUGCUGUGCUACACAGCGCCUGUAUGCUCCAAGAGCCGGGGGAACCUAUUCAGUUUGAGGUCAGCAUUGGUAACUAUGGUAACAAGUUGGACUCCACCUGCAAGCCCCUGGCGUCCACCACCCAGUACAGCAAUGCUGUGUUUGAUGGUAAUCACUACUAUUACCUUCCCUGGGCUAACACCAAGCCUGUGGUGAUUCUCACCUCAUACUGGGAGGACAUCAGCCACCGCCUGGACUCUGUCAACAUUCUCCUCUCUGUUGCUCAGAGACUGGAGUCCCAUCUUAUUUCUUUAAAGACGGCCAUCUUGGCCAAGAUGCCCGAGUCUCGACUGGCAGAGAUUUGGAUCAAACUCAUGAACCACAUGAUUGAGGAUCUGAACAGUGUGCAGCUGCCGAUGCUGGAAGGUCAGGCCAACCUGACUACACUGGACCUUCAGAUCAGCAAACUGCGAGAAGCCGCCCUGCAGAAUCUCAGUCAGACGGCCAGUCAUAUGCGAGAGAAGGCCACGGAUGUUAAAGCCACUGUCAGCGAUAUUGAAGACUGGCUGGACAGAAUCAAGCAGCUGGCACAAGAAUCUCAGAAAAGCAUGCCUGAUGUGAUUAUCUGGAUGUUAAGGAGAGAGAAACGUGUGGCCUUUGCCAGAAUUCCAGCACAUCAGGUCCUUUACUCCAGCUACAAUGAACAAGCCUGUGGCCAACACUGUGGAAAGACUCAGACCGUCUUCCUGCAGUACCCCAUGGACAAGAACAAAGGUUUGAAGAUCCCCGUCAUGCUGCGGAUCAACAUGUGGCUCGGUCUCUCUGCCCACGAGAAGAAGUUCAACAGCUCCUCUGAAGGACACUUCAGUGUAUAUGCCGAAGUGUUUGAAAACCAGGCUCAGGUGUUUGGGAAGUGGGGAACCACUGGACUCGUUGGUCGCCAUAAAUUUUCUGAUGUGACCGGAAAGAUGAAGCUCAAACGAGAACGAUUCCUGCCACCCCGGGGAUGGAAAUGGGACUCUGAGUGGUUUGUGGACUCUGAGCGGUGGCACUCUCUGACAGAGGCAGAUGCCGGACACACAGAGUUCACCGAUGAAGUGUUUCAGAAUGAAACACGUUUUCCUGGAGGGGAGUGGGAACCUGCAGCUGAGCCCUACACAGACGUGAAUGGAGAAAAGGCUCAGAGUCCAGCGGAGUUUGACUGUCCUCCAGGAUGGACCUGGGACGAGGAGUGGAGUUUUGACAUUAACAGAGCAGUGGAUGAGAAAGGUUGGGAAUACGGGGUCACCAUUCCCCCUGAUGAUAAGCCCAAAUCCUGGGUGGCAGCUGAGAAGAUGUACCACAUCCACCGCAGGAAGAGACACAUGAGACACAGGAGGAAGACUUCGGACAAAGCAGCAACAACUGCACGUCAAGAACCAGGAGAUGGCUGGGAAUACGCGUUACUGAUUGGCUGGAAGUUCCACAGGAAAGAGCGGUCCACUGACACUUUCCGUCGCCGCUGCUGGAGAAGAAAGAUGGUCCCGUCAGACCGGAUUGGAGCGUCCGCCAUCUUUGGCCUGGAGGGGGCAUUAGGCAUGGACGUCGAUGAUAAGGCCACCAAAGAGGAUGCAGCCAAAGUAUUUGGCGCUAACACACCCAAUGUAUCCUGCCACUUCAGCUGCUCUCACAUUUACCAACUGAGGGUUUAUGUGUAUCAGGCCAGGAAUCUUAUUCCUAUGGACAAAGACAGCUUCUCAGACCCCUACGCUCACGUGUCAUUCCUACAUGUGAGCAAAACCACCGAGGUCAUCAGGAGCACUCUGAACCCUACCUGGGAUCAGACCCUCAUUUUUGAUGAUAUUGAAAUCUACGAAGACCCACAGACGCUGGCCCAAAAUCCUCCUGAUGUGGUCUUGGAACUGUUUGACAGUGACCAGGUGGGCAGCGACGAGCCCAUGGGUCGUUGCACUUGCCCCCCGGUGGUGAAACUGAAUCCCGAUGCCGCUGUCACGCCAAAGCUUCUGUGGUUUCCAGUCAACAGAAUGUGCCGUGGUGCAGGGGGGAGCCUGCUCCCUGCCGAGCGCUUGCUGAAGGACAAGGAGAAUGAAGUAGAUUUUCCUUUGGUUCCUCCUCGACGAGGGGAGGUGCUCUACAUGGUUCCUCAGGGUAUCAGACCUGUGGUGCAGAUCACUGCCAUCGAGGUUUUGACUUGGGGUUUGAGGAACAUGAAGACCUACCAGUUGGCCACUGUGUCUUCUCCUAGUCUGAUUGUGGAGUGUGGCGGUGAGAUCGUUCAAACUGCUGUGAUCAAGAACUUCAGAAAGAACCCAAACUUCCCAGGAUCUUUGUUGCUCCUCAAAGUGCCUCUCCCCAAGGAGGAGAUGUACACCCCUCCUAUAGUGCUGAAAGUGAUCGACCACCGACCCUUUGGAAGGAAACCCGUGGUGGGUCAGUGCACCAUCGACUGCCUGGAUAAGUUCCGCUGUGACCCGUAUCGCAAUAACAAUGAGGUCUGCAUGUCUGGCAGAGUGGACAUGAUGGCUACAGUGCAGGAAGACGUUGUCAUAGACAUCGAGGAGAGGCCCAUCAUCACAGCUGAGCUUAAAACACAAAAGGAUGAAGAGACCGUAGACUGGUGGAGCAAGUUCUACGCCUCAAUAGAAGAGGUGGAAAAGUGCGGUCCAUAUUUGGAAAAAGGAUAUGACACGCUGCAGGUGUAUAAGAGUGAAUUAGAGGAAGUUGAAGACUUUCAGGGACUCACCGAUUUCUGCAGCACCUUCAAACUUCAGCGUGGAAAAAAUGAUGAUGAUGAAGACGACCCUACGUUGGUCGGCGAAUUUAAGGGAUCGUUCAAAAUUUACCCGCUGCCUGACGACCCUGGGAUGCCAGCUCCACCUCGCCAAUUUCGGGAACUUCCCGGGAGUGGACCUCAGGAGUGUUUGGUCCGAAUUUAUGUGGUCCGCUGUAUUAAUCUGCAGCCAAAGGACACAAAUGGACUGUGUGAUCCAUAUGUGAAGAUUACACUCGGGAAAAAAACCCUGGACGACAGAGAAAACUACUGUCCAAACACACUGAAUCCAGAGAUGGGAAGGAUGUUUGAGAUGUCGUGCUUCCUGCCUCAGGACAAGGACCUGAAGAUUGCAGUGUAUGACUUUGACCUAUUUAGCAGAGAUGAAAAAGUGGGUGAGACGGUCAUAGACCUGGAGAACAGACUCCUGUCUCGGUUCAUGUCCUGCUGUGGGCUGCCACAGUCGUACUGUGUGUCAGGGAUCAACCAGUGGAGAGAUCAGCAGAAACCUUCUCAGAUCUUGCAGAACCUGGCUAAAGUGAGGGGGGUCCCUGCUCCACAGAUAGAGAGUGAUGAAAAAUCACUGACUUUCUCAGGGAAACUGUACAACCUGCAGGAUUUUGAGGCCGAUGCUGUGAUCCACUCACAUUUGGGCCCGCCUAGAGAGAGACUAGCUCUGCACGUCCUCAGAAACCAGGGUCUGGUACCAGAGCACGUGGAAACAAGAACCCUGUACAGUUCACAUCAACCCAACCUGUCCCAGGGAGAAAUACAAAUGUGGGUUGACAUUUUUCCCAAGAACCUCGGUUUGCCAGGACCACCAUGUGAUAUCACUCCACGCAAAGCCAGGAAGUACUUUUUGCGGGCUGUUAUUUGGAACACAACUGAGGUUAUUAUGGAUGAAACAAGCAUCACCGGAGAAAAUAUGAGCGACAUCUACGUUAAAGGGUGGAUGGCAGGAAUGGAGGAAGACAAGCAGAAAACCGAUGUGCACUACAGAUCUCUGGACGGUGAUGGGAAUUUUAACUGGAGAUUUGUCUUUAGCUUUGACUACUUGCCUGCGGAGCAGCUGUGUCUCAUGUCCAGAAAGGAACACUUUUGGAAUCUGGACAAAACUGAAUUCAGGAUUCCCCCUAAACUGAUGAUCCAGAUAUGGGACAAUGACAAAUUCUCCCUGGAUGACUAUUUAGGUUCCCUUGAGCUGGACCUUCUUCAUCUGAUCCCUCCUGCCAGGACACCAGAGAAGUGCAGCCUGAAGAUGCUGCCGGGGGAUACAGGCUCCAAAAAACACAGACCCAAAAAAGCCCCUUCCUUGUUCUCCCAAAAGUCUGCGAGGGGCUGGUGGCCUUGUUUCAUGGAACAAGACGGGAAACGUGUGCUGACUGGUAAAGUGGAGAUGACUUUGGAAAUAGUGGAGGAGCAAGAUAUGGAUGAGAGACCAGCUGGAAAAGGCAGAGAUGAGCCCAACAUGAAUCCUAAACUGGAACCACCCAAUCGCCCUGACACGUCAUUCUUCUGGUUCACAAACCCCUGCAAGACCAUGAAAUUCAUUAUUUGGAAGAGAUUCCGAUGGAUUUACAUCCUAUACCUUCUUCUCCCGCCACUGUUCCUGUUCUUAGGGAUCAUGUUGUACUCCCUUCCUAAUUACAUCUCCAUGAAGAUUGUGAAACCAAUGUCCUGAGAUCCUGAGACACUUGGGAGAGGCUGUUGACUGACUGACAAAAACAACAGUUUCCUUUUUUUUUUUUUUUUUUUUGCCUCCCUGCAUUUCCUCUCAAAUAUGCAAUGCAAUGCAAUGCAAUAACGUAUUACAUAAUCAGUUUUCACAUUAUCCAAAACAUCUGCAUUUUUGUACUAACAGCAUUGUUUGCACUUAUGAUUAACAUGUCUCAGCAAAUUAAUAAGAAAAGAAAAUGUUUAUUUUUUAGAAAAUAUGUGUAAAAUAAAUUAUUAAAGGCUUUGGAUUGUUUAAUGACAAAAAAUGCAAGAAAUUAAAAGUAUCCAUUUUUAUGACAAUGAAACACAUAAUGAAGGUAUCUAAAAGAUGCUCCUUUACAUUUACCUAUGUUAUUCACUUCAUACCAGAAAGACAUUACUUAUAAUCACUGGUGAUACCACUGUCAGAUGUAAAAUGUAUAAAUUAAAUGCUUUGAAUAUACAACCUCUAAUCUCCUGUCAAAGCUGCAAAAAUUAAAGAAAACACAGUAUUCUCAUUUCUGUCUCUGCCCUUUGAAUAAACUUAAACAAUUUA